GCGGAGAGUCAAGAAUAACGAGAGAGAUAGAAUAGAGGGGGUGCUAUGGUAUCUUCGUCAAGAUGGCGAAGACCAAACAAAAGUAUAUAAUUACGUGACAAAUACGUCCAAAUUGUUUGUGAUUGGCCGGAAAAACUCGGCGUGUUUCGACAUUUGCCUUGACACAUUUUCCUUCCUAUACAUACACGAAUAAAUCUAAUCCGAUGUCCGAAUAUUUUGACUUAAUCUACCCGAGAUCGCAUUAUCAGAGCCAAACCGUGCGUGAUUCGAUUCUUCGUCCUUUGGAUUAUUAAAAUAAUCUAGUCUCUUGCAGACGCACAAUGGCGGAUUCAUUGCAUAAAGAUGGAUACGAAAACUCUAGUUUAACUAUGCGCGCUAACAGUGGUAAUAUAGGAUCGGACAGCGACAUGAAGCUGGAGCCAUCUAGUCCUACGGAGAAGUAUACAUUCUCUCGUUGUAGUAGCACAGGAUCGGUGAACACGCCAUCUUCAUCUGCUCAUAAUACAGAGGAUGAGGACAGCGAUAACAAAAAUUCCACCAUAAGCUACAAAGAGCGCAGGAGGGAAGCUCACACACAAGCUGAGCAGAAGAGACGAGACGCUAUCAAGAAGGGUUAUGACUGUCUUCAAGACUUGGUUCCCACUUGUCAGCAUACAGACUCCUCAGGUUAUAAGAUCUCCAAGGCUACGGUGCUUCAAAAAUCCAUUGAUUACAUACAGUUUUUGCUGCAACAGAAGAAAAAGCAAGAAGAAGAACGUAAUGCUCUAAGGAAAGAAGUUGUUGCGCUACGCAUUAUGCAAGCUAAUUAUGAGCAGAUCGUCAAAGCACAUCAGACGCAACCAGGACACGCCGAAAUGCGUGUUUCGGACGAGAUGAAAUUUCAAGUGUUUCAGGCAAUAAUGGAUCGCCUUUUCCAAACGUUCAAUAACGUGUCUGUAGCUAACUUUGCGGAAUUAUCCGCCUGCGUAUUCAGUUGGUUGGAGGAGCAUUGUAAACCUCAGGUACACAACUAUAUUUCUUAUAUCCAUCCUGCAUUUCACAUAUUUCUCCUUGUGAGAUGCGAGAAAAUUGAUAAAUGCAUUUUUAUUAUUCUCUUAGACUCUGCGUGAAGUGGUACUUUCUGUACUGCAGCAACUCAACAGUCAGAUUAACUAGUCAAAUGUAUCCCCAAGAAAGAUACACGAUGCACAAUCUUUCUGAAGAAUUUGUUAGCUUUGUGUAUCUAUUGAGAAUAUAUGUUAAUAAUUAGGAAUGAUUUCAAGAUUAUGAAACAAAGUAUACACGUAUUUCUUUGUUUUUCUAUUUUAUUAGUAAUAAUGGAGACUCGAUAAUCCGAGCAAGAUAAACGAAAUUGAAACAUUCGAAUUAUUGUACCAAAAAUGAAAUGAGACAUAUUGGUAAUUUUCUCGCUGCAUCUUCCAUAUUAAUGAAAUGUUUUUUGGCAAUCUAGUUAAUAUCUGCAUAAAUCUGGGUUUAUAUUCCAUAUAUUGCUGAAAAAGGCUUUAAAGUGUGAUCUCUCAAUGUACUCCAAUGUGCAUUUAAUCUUUUCAAGCAAAUUUGUUGUGUAAUAGAAUUAUUUGAAUAUUAAUUCUUCUUACAUUUAAUGUUUUGAACACACAUGCACACAACACAGACAGAUAUAGAAGUUUUAAAUUUAUAUUAAAACUAUUGUUGAUUUUUUUUUUAUAUAUACAAAGUGAUUCGCAAUUUAUAAUAGAAAUGAUUAUAAUUUUGGAACACAUUGUAUUUAUAUAAUUUAUAUUUAAUAUCUUUUUUGUUUAUUUCUUUUUUUUAAAUUUUGUGCGAAACAAAUGCAUAAUAAAUAUCUCUUAGUUUGUAUGGAUAAUCAGAGUUUUAUAGUUUACAGUAGUGGUGGUAAAUCUAGAAAAACUUUCUGUAUGAUGAGAGCUUCAGACCAAUCACAUGUAAAGUUACCACAAAAGAGAUGCGCAUAUGUUGCAUAUAUUACAAACAUAUAAUAUGCGUGGGAAAAAUAAAAAUAAGAGUUUAUUUUAUAUACAGUUAAUGUGGAUGUAAAUAUACAGAUAUGUGAUACAGGAUUGUUAUCAAUGAUCAUACCGUUGAACGUUUUUAUUAAUCUUUUAUUGCAUACACUUUGCGAUAAAUAAAUGGCAUAUGAUGUAUAUAUGUGUGAACGUAUGUAUGUAUAUCUGAUUAUGUAUAUAUAACAGAUUUAUAAUAUAUAUUUACAAUGAAC